CAAUAUGAAACAUGUACUGUUGCGUCAUGUGAAUUUAUACCGAAACGGCUUUUCCAGUUAAGAGGACAUCACUAACAGAACAAACAGAAAAUCAUCUUCUUUACAGUGGUGUAAUUUAUUCCGAAUUUAAAUUUGGGACGAAGAGGUUCGAUUCAACUCAAGCAGUAUUCAUCUGAAGAAAAACUCAAGAAAAGUCCAUCCAUCCAAGAAGUAUUUUAGUCAUGAUGCAUGCAGCUGGUAUACAUUCAGCGUUGGCAAUCAAACGCCAACGCAAACGUCGUGAUGAACAACGGAAAGCACGCGAACGACGUUUUAGCUCACAUUCAACAGAAUCUGGUUUAACAUCGCCAAGAAACAGUAUUGGAAGUAUUGAGAAACAUAAACGUCAAAUACCACGACAUGGAAGUGCUGGUGAUUCUAAAGUGGUCUCUAGUAUUGGAAUGUUACAUAUUGGUGUUGUAUUUUUAGUAUUGGGUGUAUUUUUAUUAUUUUCUGGUUUAAUACCAGAUGAUUGGUCGUCAUGGAAUAGUGAAAAGUGGUGGAAUGAAUUAGUUGCAACUGGUGCAUUUUUCCUAGGUGUUGGUAUAUUUUUAUUAGUUGUACAUUUUAUAGUAAGCAAACAAGAAGAAGAUGAUUUAACAGAAUAUGUACAAACGCAAUUAACACGAUCACGAUCUGGACAUCGUUUAGAGCGUGAUGUUGAAACGGGUGUUUUAACAACAAAACAUCAUCGGCGUGCUCGUCAACAGAAACAAGACGAUCUUGAACGUGGUUUAGCUGAUUUUUCACCAAUUGAUGAUGAUUAUCCUGCUGUACAUAUUCCAUCCUCGUCACCAGCACAUUAUACCGCAACGUUGCAUCAAAAUGUGGAAAUUAAUGGUCAUUUAUCACAAAUAUUAGAAGAAGAUGCAUCGAAUGAACGAUUAGAUGCUGAAGUUAGAAAAUUGGAAAUGUUACAAAAAGAAGCGUUAUCAACAUCGACAACAGCUAGUUUAAGUCCUGGUUCACCAUCAGAGACACAAGAAUUAUUAUCAAAUGCUGGUCGGUACAUUAUACCAGCUAAAGUUUGAAAUAUUUUAA